UUACAACAGCUUUUCAAAUCUACUUUUUACCUUAAUGCACAAAUGUAUUAUUAUAUUUUGUAUAGUUUUGAACGCAUGCAGUAGUUUACGCCCAGCAGAGGUGUUUAUUUAUGAAAUACGUGCAGUAUGUAGUGUUUAACAAGCACUAUUUGCAUGACAUUUCAAUGUAGCAGACAAUCUAUGCACCGACUUCCACUCACAGACAACACGAAAUGCUUCAUCUGGCGCUGGUUUAAAAGCACGAGAUGAACCCUGCAGCGUUAGGGCAGUCAUCUGCCCUCUUCCCAAACCUGGAGCUGGUAGGAGGAGGUGGGAAAGCUGCAGUCCUCCUGAGCGGCUCUACGGGACUCACCAGCUCUGAUAUGGAGCUCCAGAAAAUGCUUAUUGAUGAGAGAAUGCGCUGUGAGAACCACAAGACCAACUAUCAGACCUUGAAAGCGGAGCACACCAGACUGCAGGAUGAGUACACGCGGGCGCAGAGUGAACUGAAACGCCUGCUCAGUGAUCGGCAGGCCGCGCAGGAGAAACAGCAGCUGCUGCUGGCCGAGCUCAGAGGAGAACUGCUGGAUAAAACACGGGAGCUGGAGGAGCUCAGACUGCAGGUGCUGACCCCUCAGAGGCUGGAGCUCUUGAAAGCACAGGUGCAGCAGGAGUUGGAGACUCCCAUCAGAGAACGCUUCAACAAACUGCAGGAGGAAGCAGAGAAUUACAGGUCUGAGUAUAAUAAGCUCCGUUAUGACCUCACUUUCCAAUCGGAGUUUGAUCACCAGAAAGAGGAGCACGUCCGAGUCCUGGAGGAGAGACGGAUACGGCAUGAAGCUGAUGUGGCCCGACUUGAACGUGAUAAGGAGGAUCUGGCCACUCAGCUGCAGAGCGGAGACCCGGCACGGGACGGGAAGCGUGUUGAAGCCCUGCUGAGGGAGAAAACUCAACUCCACCAGCGACUCAAAGGACUGGAGGCAGAGGUCACUGAACUCAGGGCGGAGAGGAAUAACUCAGGUGCUCAGGCCGAAAAUGUGCAGCGGAUCCAGAUCCGACAGCUGGCUGAAUCCCAGGCUGCAGUAAAAGCACUGGAGGCAGAGAAGCAGUCUAUUCGUAUGCAGUUGGACCGGACAGAAAGUGAACUCCGUCUAUCUCAGGAACAAAACACACUCCUCACAGGCAAACUGCACAAAGCUGAAAGGGAGAUCAGUUCACUCAACAGUCAGAUUGAAGAGCUGAAGCACACGCAUAAGCUGGACUUGAGUAACGUAAAACUAGAGUGUGUCAGAGCCAAAGGAGAACUAGAAAGAGACCGAGAUACACUGCAGUGCCAAGUAGAGGGUCUGCAGUCAGAUAUUGAGGUCCUGAAGUCAGCUUUGGAGAAAAAUAAAGAGUUGAUAUCUGAAAAAGAGCGUGAGAUGGUGCGCAGGGUUCAGGCAGCAAGAGAGGAGGAGAUACACAAGAUAGCCACCCUUCAGGAAGAAAAGCUGGAGCUGGAGAAUCAUUUAUCUGAGCUUGAGCAGCAGAGAGCUCUUCAGGAGGCAUCAGGGAACUCUCAGAAAGAGGAGUGGGAAGAGUGUCUCCGUGCUGCACAACUGGCCGAAGAGUCUGUGCGGAAGGAACUUCAAAACCUGAGAGUCAAAAUUCAGCAGCAGGGCCAACAGCUGGAAGAGCUGGAGACCUUAAGAGCAGAAAAUGCAGACCUGAGACGACAAAACGCUGAGCUGAAUCUGCAGAUAGGAACCCUGUCUCACUCUGAGAGUGAGCUCUUGGACACCAACAGCAGGCUGAGAGAAAGUCUAGAGCGAGUGAGAGAGGACCUACGGAGCGCGCGCACACAAAUGGAACGGACCCAACAGGAAGCCGAGAGGUUAGUGGAGGAAAGGCGGGUGGAAUGGUUGGAGGAGAAACACAAACUGCUGGAAAAAGAAGCAGAACUACGGGAGAAGUACAGCCAGGCCAAAGAGCGCCUGCAGAGGGCAGCAUUUGCACAGAAAAAGAGGAAAACCAUGACAGAACUGAAAGAAAACAAACUCCAAGACAAGAUUCAGCUCCUAGAAGCCAAGAUAGAAGAACUUGAAAUUGAAGCAAGCACAGUCAGAAAGAAAUCCUCAUACUCUGAAGAACAUGCUCAGCUCAGCAAGCGUCUGAAGGAGCUGCAGAGGAGACACAAUGAGUUCCGUCGUCUGUUGCUGGGCAACCAAAUGACCUCCUCCACCCCUCUGGCCCAAUCCCUUCUCAUCCCAGCAGAGUCUAUCUUCUUAAACAUACAGGAGGAUCAGCACCAGAGGGAGUUGUCUGUGCUGCGGAGACGCUUGGAAGAGUUGGAAAACUGUCAGCAACAGCAGCUGGAAGAGCUGGCUGCUCCUCUGGACAGAGACAGAGAGAGACUCUCAAGCCCACGGGACGCGCUUCCAGACCUUUCUUAACCACUACCUGUGUGAUUACAUUCACCAUGUGCCAAAAACUGAACAUACUGUGACAUUUGUGAGCUCUUUUCUUUUAAACGACUCAUGGUGCUUUGCCACAGAAAGUUCGGAGAUGUUUUAAAAAAAACCUUUUGCAUUAUUUAUUAAUUAUUUGUCUUAUUCUAACGGAGAGACAGGGCUUAUAAAUUGUUGGUUUGUGUUGCAGAGUUUCUGUUGUACAUAUUGAAAAUGAUCCGUAACAUGUUUCAAACCUGAGAAGCCAUGUUUUAUAUGAGUCCAAAUGGGAGACAGCACCUUUUCAUCCUUUUUCAUCAAAUUAAACUGUAAUUUGUGAACCUGAGGUUCAUUUGUCACAUUAACUUUCUAUAGGGAUGAUGACAUAGUGCAUGGGUAUUAUGAUGAAUAAUAAUGAUUUUAUUGUGUCGAACUUGUGAAAACGUGUUUUAAUAAAGAACAUUGUGUCCUCUC